GCAGCUUCAAAGUUGACCUCAGGUUUCUCUGUGAGAGAAAGAUCAGAUCAGAUCAGUCACUGGAUCUCACCACGUUCGAACUGGGUUGAAGAAGAACAAAUUCAACAAUAGCUGGAGGACUAAAUUGACAACAGGUGAAUUUUGAGAGCCACGGGAACAGAGACAUGAGCCGGAAGCCCAUUAUAAUUGACUACUAAUCAAGAUGGAGUCCAGAAUGAAUGGCUUGGAGUUUGGGGCUUUCAUUUGCAGAUGCUUUUUGCUGCUGCUUCCUUUGCCAUGUGGGAGUGUGCAGCCUUCAUGUUCAGUAGAAACAAUGAGACCAGAGCUACAAAGUGCAAAUAUAACAGCUUCUCAACUGACCUUCAAUAGUGCCUUUAUGUCUCCAAUUGUAAAUUCUUUCCUGGGCUCUGUCCAGCCCAAUCCUUUCCCUAAAGAUUUGGUGGUUAGAAUGAUAGAAGACUUAAGUGUAAUCACACAAGGAGACACAGUUAAAGAGAUUUUGCAGUAUGAGUUAGGUUUUCUGGUCUGCGUGGCCAUUGGUAUCCUCUUCAUCAUUUUCAUGCCUCUAAUUGGCCUAAUCUUUGCUUGCUGUCGUUGCUGUGGCAACUGCGGGGGUCGCAUGUACCAGGAACAGACAGCGAACAUCCAUUGCAAGCGGAAGAGCUUUUAUUGGUCCACAUUUGUCAUCACUGCACUAAUUCUGGCUGGGAACGUUUGCAUGUUCCUCAGCAGUACAUACACUUCAGAGACUGUGAUGCACAGCUCCAGUGAACUCACCAACAUUUUGGAACAUUUCAGAGUCUAUCUUGCCUCUGUUCCAGUGCAAAUCCAACAAGUGGUGGAUGAGAGCUCAGUGACCGUGGAUAAGGUUAAAUAUAACUUAAAUGAAACAGGGCCCUUGAUUGGCAAAUUGAUCCAGAAUGGUCUUAAAGAUCCCCUCAGUCCAGCACUAAACUCCAUUAUGGAAAUAGCUCAAGUGAUAAACAGCACCAGUGUUGGACUGCUGCAGGUUAAUAAGACCUUGGAGCAGUUGAAACCAAAGGUGGAUGAGCUACAUGCUAAUUUAUUUGCAGUGUCGCAGCGCAUUAAUACCACUCUACACAAGUCAGAAUGUGUAAACUGCACUUCCCUUAAGCCACAACUGGACAAACUAUCUGUGGAUGCAAAUCUUGAUUUUCCUGAUCAGAAUGGCCUGAGGUCUGCUGUAAACAAGGCAGAGAAUGUGGACAUCAUUGGACAGGCAAAUAAGGGGAGAGACUUUUUUGACAGCAUUCCACAGAAGGUGAGAAAUGAGACCAGGCAAAGUGUGCUCGUGGCUCUAUGGGAGCUUGAAAAAUUAAAAAUCCAGAUCUCAGGCGUGUCUAAAGAUCUUCCUCUUGGUGCCCUGAAGAAUAUCUCAAGCCCAUUAACUGACAUGCAGAGAUCUAUUUCAAAUUAUUCUCCACUGUUUGAGAAGUCAAGGAAAAUCAGCUGGGCUGUUGGAUUGAUUCUGAGCUGUCUGAUCUUGUUGGUGGUGGUAUGUAAUUUGCUGGGUCUGCUGCUGGGUCCAGUUGGACUACAGCCCAAAGAUAAACCCACCGAACGUUCCUGCACAUCCAACUGUGGAGGAAUAUUUUUCAUGAUAGGAGUAGGUUUCAGCUUCCUGGUCUCCUGGAUCUGCAUGAUAGUGGUGCUGAUACUUUUCAUUGUAGGAGGGAAUACUUACAGCCUUGUCUGUAAACCAUGGGAGAACAAUGAACUCAUCAAGGUUGUUGAUACUCCAGGGCUGAUUCAAGGGUUUGACCUGGCUAGGACUCUGAAUUUAAAGACAAACCUGACAAUUGCCAAUGUGUACAGUGAUUGCCAAAUGAAUAAGCCUUUAUGGACCACACUUCAUCUGAAUGAGCUUAUCGACCUAAAUAUUAUUUUAAAUGUUUCACCGUACACAGGGCAGAUCUAUCGGACCUUUGAGCAGGCACAAAUCAACAUUGCAAAUAUCACAAUCCUCACUCCGGAGAUAAAGUACCAGCUACGAAACUUCUCUGGCAGUGCCAGUACUAUGAAAUGUGGCAGCAUUAUGCAGCAGAUCACUAAUGUUUCAGAGACUAAUUUGAGCUUGGCUGCAGAAAGUUUGGAUGUCUUGGCUUCCAAACAGAGCAACCAAAUUAUCAGAAAUGAACUGCAUGGUGAAGCUAAAGAUCUGCGAGCCCUCCAGACUGGGAUUACUUCUACCAUUUUGCCCUUGCUGCUGGAGCUGAACUCCACCAUUAAGAAUCUUAGUGGAAUAGCCUCACAAAUCAAUGCAACUGUGGAGAAUGUUCUCCUGAAAGUUGACUAUGCUCAGGACGUCCUGAACUACAACAUAUCACAAAUAGUGAAAAGUAUGAGCAGGACAUUCAUAGACUGUCAGUUGGACAUUUUUCUGGCAUACGUUCAAUGGGCAAAUCAAACGAUUACAGAGAGGGUGGGUCGCUGUGGGCCUGCAGUUGAAGCAAUAGAUAGAUCAGCAAAACUAGUCUGUGGUCAUUUUGUGGCGGCUUUGAAUUCUUUUUGGUUCAGUUUGGGCUGGUGUAUGCUAUUCCUCAUCCCCAGCAUAAUUUUCUCAGUUAAGCUGGCCAAAUACUACCGCAGGAUGAAGUAUGCAGAUGUUUAUGAGAACAACCACAUCAUGGUGAAUCCUUUUCCCAGGGCUCAACUCAAAUCUUCAUCAAUGAAAAAUGGGAAACAACCCAUAUUCAGUGCUUAAAGGUGCACUCAGCAAUUCCUGAGAAACACUGUUGAUAUUCGAACUCAACUGCCAAAACAACCCCCCCCCCGCAUGUUUGGGCCUUAAGGCGUGGAAGUGGAGGCCUCUUUCUCAUAGCUGAAGCAAAGUAAUAAUCUGAUACAUUAAUAAACGACAGACCAGCAAGCACAAAAACAGCAUACAUAACACAGCAACUAGCGAGAGUUGGUUGUUUAGUUUGAUUUUACCACAGUGACCGAAGAGGGUGCUACCAAAUAUGUGUUUUUAAAUCUUCGUGGCUAUAAAACCUUUUGCAAAUGUUGUGUGGACAAAUACCAUUAGACGAUUAGAAUGAACAACAACACAGCAAAUAAUGAAAAUAACGUUAGCUAUGUAGUGGGUUAGCAAACAUUUGCUACAGUAAGUUGCUGCUGCUGAGAUAACUUGCAGAGAAGAUAAAACGGUUUUAUGCACACCAGCUCCAGACACACAACUCUUCUGCUACUAAAUCUAACAUCACAACAACAGCAUAUAUGGGUUCUGUGAAACAUAGCAAAAUUUAUGUUACCCACCUAUCGAGAAGAAAAAGAGCAACUUCUGCAUCCGUCUUCAAGCCUUUUACCUCUCGAAGGUCUCUCCAUCGCUGAAAAGCCUCGCCGAUGUUGACGCAGCUCCUAGCCCUCGACUUAUCAUAAUCCUUUUUUUUAAUUUUUUUUUUUUAUAUGUUUUUCAUUUUAUCCCCUUUUUCUCCCAAUUUGGAAUACCCAAUUCCCACUACUUAGUAGGUCCUCAUAGUGGCGCGGUUACUCACCUCAAUCCAAGUGGCGGAGGACAAGUCUCAGUUGCCUCCGCUUCUGAGACAUUCAAUCCGCGCAUUUUAUCACGUGGCUCGCUGUGCAAGACCCUGCGGAGACUCACAGCAUGGGGGGCUCAUGCUACUCUCCGCGAUCCACGCACAAUUUACCACGCGCCCCAUUACUGACCUUUAAAUAAUUAAUAUUUAUAAAGACUGUAAAGUUUAACUUAUGCACACUGACCAAGUGAUCAAUGAACAUUUACUCAAAACACAUACACACCUACAUUUGAGAAUUUUAAAUUCUAGUUAUGUGUUUAGGUUUUUAUUAUAAGUAUUUUUCUGUACAGUACUGGCCUACAAAAGGCAAAACACAGUGGACAACUUGGACAACACUGAAGCUGAGAAAAUUGCUUCAAAGUUUAUGGUUUUAUUGUAGUUACUGCAAUUUUUAGACUUUAGGUGAGCCAAAUCCUGCAUUGUCUAAAUUUUGACAAAAUGUGUAGUUACUGCAUUUCACCUUUCCUCUGUACUGUAGACCAGGGUUUCUCAACCACUGGGUCACGACCCAAAAGUGGGUUGCUGAUCAUUGUCUGCUGGGUUGCGAGAUCUUUUCUGUCAUGAGUACAAAUUACCAAUGAGAAAGAUAGAACUGUACAUUUGCAACGUUUGGGGAAACAGUGACCUCUAUUGUCAAAUCAUGUUAAUAUCUCCAGGUUUGCGUAAAUGACUUUAAGUCAGAGGCUGCAUUUUUCUGAUGUUAAUUAUUAGCUGUCCAAUCACAUUAAUCCAUAAAUGCUAUGAAUCGUUCUUUUUUGGACAAGGUCUCUUUACGUAGCGUUGCAUGCGCUGGCAGCGCUACUCAACACGUGGCACGUGGGCAGGGGCGGAGCUAGGGGGUGACCAGGGGUGGCCGUGGCCACCAUGGACCGAAGCCUGACCACCCCAUUGGCUACCCCACUCGCAGUUGCCGUUUUGGUCAUUUUUGUCUUGGGCACAAUUUAGUUAAGUCUUUCUACACCAAAGAUCCAACGAUACAAAAAAUCCGCAUGCGGCCCUCGAGCCAUCUUUAGCGUCCCGCGUUAUGAUUUCAUCAUAAAAAAUAUAUUUAUCAAUAGCCUAUCAAAUGUGCAUGAAUUCAACUGAGGUGUUCCUUUAUUUACGGUAUCACAGCACAGUUAGAAGGGGAAAUAAUCUGCAAAAGGAUGUAACGAAUUAAAUAAACAAAGAAUAUCUGAGCACAGCUUAUGUUUAAUGAGAGUGGCGGGCGCGUUCAUAGAAACAGCAUGUGUGCACACGCGUGGCCUGUCAAUCAAGAAUGCUUGCUCAAUCUCACCUGAAAGUCACUCAUCAGCGCAAAUCUGUAAAACUCAUUUGAAUAGCUUAACAGAGAUAUUUGCUUGUCAUGAAAAGUCAUAACAGGAAAAAGAAUAGUUUAUCCUGCAAUAAAGGUGUUGAGACACCAUGCAAAUGCUAAUUAGUGAGCUGCGUUAUACCACCGCAAAACACUAAAGAGGGUGAACAAAUCUUUAUGGCUUCUCACUGGAGCAGUUUUGGACUAAAUAGUGGAUAAAUCUCUCUUGUUUUGGAACAUAGUAUCUCAGUUGAGUGUGAUGUUGAACGCUCAUGGAGUUUAUAAUGACAGUGUCUUUGACAGUGACAACAGAACUGAUCUUACCUGUUUUCUUUAUUGCAAUGAAUGUGGGAGAAAGUGGCUCUUUGAAAAAUGAAAACCAAACCAUGUGAAACCUUAACUAUUACAUCCCUAAUUUAGGCUAAUAUUAUGAUAUUAUAUUAUACAAUGAAGAAUUCUUAAUAUAAAAAAUGUUCACUUUAAAAAUUAUAUAUAUAUAUAUAUAUAUAUAUAUAUAUAUAUUUUUAUUUAUUUUUUUUUUUCAUUUCUUCAUAGUGUGUUUGAUGUUUGAAAAUAUUGUAGUAAUAGUGUAUUUAUGAAAUUACCUGGGCUACAAAUAUUGGGGGUUUAGAUAAUAGGCCGCUAUAUUAUAAGCAUAUAAACAAAACUAGAUUGUCCUGCUGUAGACAAUGAAUGUAGGAAACAUAAUGCCAAAGAAGACACUUCUAGUGCAGUGGAAUAUAUCAUAAAUAUGGUUUCUUGUGACAAAAUUAUUUGAGCAUUUUAUAGUUUGAUUAAUGAAAAGUACAAAUUGCAACUACUGUAAUACAUUUGUGUGUGUGUGUGUGUGUGUGUUGUUAUUAUUAUAAGACAACCUUGUAAGUUCAUGUUUUAGAAAGCACUUUAUGUGGUCUUACAGGCAAGGGAUUUAUUUAUGCCACAUUUUCAAUAUGAAAUAUUGAUAUGCUGUUAUAGACAUACUGCUGACAUUGAAAAUGUGAAUGUUUUUUUUUUUUAAGACCAAACAUUUCUAUCAGAUGACUGUUUUAAUGAGGAAUUCUUUAACUAGCCAAUUAAUAACUGGAGACUGUUUUACCUUGCACCAAGUGUUAUCACCUUUCUUUGAAGAGGUAUGGUCUAGAGGUGCAUUUACCUCUGUCUUGUUAAACAUUUCUGUCUAGCCUCAUGAAUUAACCACAACUCUUUGAUUGCAAUAAAGGUGCUCAUACUACCAUGCUGAACUUGUUUGUUUGCUGUAAAGAUGACCCCUCUAGAACCCCCUCCCCACCAGCAACCACUCUGUCCUGUAACAGCGGCCACAUGACACAACUGCCAUGACAGCAGUGUGCAGAUCAGGGAGAAGUCAGUGCUAGUGCAGUGGAACAAGCAUUCCACACAUAUCUUUGCUGCUUAGGAGAAAGGAACAGCUAUCACACAGAACAGACUUUAUUCACGAGUUUGAUACUCUGAUGAAAAUGUUACAUGUUUAGAAAGUAAUGUAGUAUAGUAGCUUUCAAAAAGCAUUAGUGUUGUACAGCUUGAAAAAGACUUCAGUUUAAAAGUGUGCCAGAAUAUUGUUUGAAAUAGGAUGUUUGCAGGUUGUUCAGUUUACUUAAUUAAAAUGAACUAAAUCAACACAUUUCUAGAACAUUUUGUCACAACUUGAUUUUUUUGGGAUUUAAAAAGUGUGUCUGUUAGGCUGGAGUUUUGGGGGUUACCAUUGUGGUGAAGAUUGGCACUUGUGGUUAGUUUGAGGAUUGACUUGCACUUUCAAGUGACCUCUGAUCUGAGGGCUGCUUAGCUCUAUAAGCAGUUGCUAUCAAAAUGACAGUGCAACAGUUAAACUGUCCUUAUACUUACUCACCAGGCAUAUACUAAUAAUUAAUAAAACAAGUUAAGUAGGACCAAAAUAAGAAAAUGUAUUAAACAUUAGUAACACUUGUCUGACAAACCUAAUAAUGUUGAGUUAACACUACUAUAGCGCAUUGAUUUGACCUAAUCCAACUAAAUUAUAUUGGCUGAAUGAAACUGACUUAAUUUGAAUGAAAGAAAUUUUGUCAGAUUAGAGUAGGUCUACUAAGCAUUUGUAUUAUAAAGUGUCAUGGACACUUAGACGUGUGCUAACAGGGGCAUACCAGGGAUAACCGUGCAAUUGGUCUUGAUAUUAUGUAAAUCCAUUUUCUCUCAUGUUAUGUGCAGUACAUGGAAAAAUGAUUUCAUGUGCUCUCUUAGCAUUAAACAAUGCCAAGCCUUGGAAUGAUUAUUCAAACAAGUUGAUCAAAUGGAUCAAUCAACCUCAGCAGACAGAAUUUAGCACAGGUUUGUCUAAUACUUAUUAGUACAUGUGCAUAAAUUGUUUUUAAAAUUACCCCAACAUAUUCGCACAAACUUAAAGGCAUAGUUCAACGAAAAGUGAAAUUUACUCACAAUCAUGUUGUUCCAAACUAGUAUGAAUUUCUUUAACCCACAGAACACAAAGGAGAUGUUAGGCAGAAUGUUAGCCUCAGUCACCAUUCACUUCCAUUGUGUGAAAAAAACAAAAUAUGCAAUAAAAAAUGAAGACCGAGGCAAACAUUCUGCCUAACAUCUCCUUUGUGUUCUGUGGGAAAAAGUUAUACUGGUUUGGAUCAACAAGAAGGUGAGUAAACAAUGACAGAAUUACAUUUUUUUGGGUGAGCAAUCCCUUUAAAAAUGAUAUCUAAUUUAUUUAUAGGCUAAUGCAUCUAAUUUUCUGUGCAUUUAGGUAAUUCCUUUAGAUCAUAGAAUGUACACAGUGAACAAAGCAGCCACUUGGAAUUUUUAAACUCAAUGGCCUCUGUAUACUCUGUCAUACUUAGUUCACACAUGUGGUUUGCAAAGAGAAAGAAGUGUAACUUAAAGGGUUUUAGGCCUCCAAAUAGAAUUUAGCUGUGCCGAGCCAAUUCAAUACAACACAAGCCCCUGAAAGAAGUGUAACUUAAAGGGUUUCAGGUCUCCAAAUACAAUUUUGCUGUGCUGAGCCGAUUCAGGACAGCACAAGCCCCUGCUAUGUGUUUUAGUUUGAAACUUUAAUUUACUGCAUAAUAGAAUUUAGUUCAAUUCAAUUUGAAGCAGUGCUGUAUGAAUGCUUCUUCUGCUUAGCCCUAAGGGAAUGCAGUGGGUGCGGCUGCACAGGCUUCGUAUGAAUUCUGAAUUCCCCUCUCUGACCAAAAAAACAGAAGUUAUUUGUAUACUAAUGAUGA